AUGGGGGACGCCCCCGCCGCCGCGGCGGCGGCAGCGUCGCCCGCUUGUGCCUCGCGGAAGCGGCGACGCGGCGAUGACGGCGCGGGGCUGAGGCGGGUGGCGGAGAUCGUGAUGGUGCUGGCCGCGGCCGGUGAGGUGCGCGGCGGGAGGGAGCCCAUGGCGGCGGAGCGGGCGCUCGCGGCCGAGGCGCGGGAGAAGCUGGCCGCCGCCGUCGCCGAGGGGGCCGUGCGGCCCAAGGAUCUGUUCCCGGGGGAGGCGGUGCGCGCGGUCGUCGAGGAUCUCGGGCUCAACCGCGCCAAGGACCCAGCUGCCAUGGGCUUUCGCCCGCCCAAGGCCUCCAUCGCCGAUAGGCUCAUGCUUACUAAGCGCAAGAUGGAAGAAGUCAAGGAAGCUCCAGUGCAAUCAACAGUUAGCGCACCGCAAACAGUCGUCUCAAGUGGAAUGUCUGAGUUCCAUGGUUUGAAUGGGGCUACCAAGUUUGGUGUUGGAGUUCCUAGGAACCCACCAGUUCCAUCUUUAGCUGCUACUGCCCCAUUAACCUCUACAUCCCCAGCUACCUUGAAACCACCAGGAUCAUCUCCUGUAAAACCAGUUGCCAACUCAUCAGUUAUUCCCCAACUCCAUACUGCUACAUCAAACCUUAAAUUGGACAAAAAUGUUAGUGGUCCUCUGAAUUUAGCACGCAAUGGAGCAACUGUUGUCCACUCAAACAAGUCAACUCUAGAAACAUCUGCUAGGUCCAAUGUAAAUGCUGUACAGAGUUCCAAUCAGAUGGUGAAAAACCAGGACACAAAACUUGUGGCAGUUCAAGCCACGGCAGGUAACCCUGUUAUGGGGCAUCGUGCCACACCAGGUGUGGCAUUUGUUCCACCAAAACCUACUUUUGUCAAUCACAAUGAGAUAGCAAAGAAUGUUCAACAGUUUCUGCACCAACCUGGAAACCAUCCUAGCUGGACUCCACCAUCAACUGAGUACAUGCAUUCUCGCUUGAGUUGUCAAAUAUGCAAAGUUGUUAUCAUUGGUACAGACAGUGUACUUGUUUGUGAUGCUUGUGAGAGGGGAGUACACUUGAAAUGCCUUCAGCAGUAUGGCAAUAAGGGUGUCCCUAAAGCUGAGUGGCAUUGUUCUGCAUGCCUGACUCAGAGUAAGGGCAAACCCUUGCCACCAAAAUAUGGCAAGGUUACAAGAACUGUAGUUGCAUCAAAGGCUGCUCCACCUGGUGGUGGAGCACAGCUUUCUUUGCAAGGAUCAGCAGAAAACAUGGCUGCAAAGGGAAAUCACCAAAAGUUGGCUGCAAAUGGAAACCUUAUGAAGCCAAUCUCCACUCAAGGUGGCAGCACAGCACCCAACAGUAAUGUAUUGGCACUGGGUGCUGUUAUGGCUGGUUCACAGUCACAAUUAGUUUCUACCUUAAGAUCAUCAAUAGUUGUUAAAGCUGAAACGUCCUCUAAUGGAAAGGAAGGAACUGGGCAACCGUGCAAUACUACAAUACAACCUGAUGUGAGAUCAUCCCCUCUUAACAAAAGAUUGAGAAGUGAUUCCUCUUUGAACCCUGCAGAUUCAGCAAAUGAUAUCAUGCAUGGUAAGCAUACUGCAGAAAUUUCUGGUGCUGAAGCAAAGGUCAAGUCUGAAGCAAACUCUGAGACCCCUGUGAGUAGAGAUGAGGAAUUGGUUGAUAGUAGUGGAACAUCAAUUGAAACUGAACAAACCAAGGUUGUUGCUAGUGAAGAAAAGCCCAGGGCUCAAUCAACCAUUGAGACAGAUAAAAUGAAAGAUGGAGAGACGACUACCAACACAGGAACAACAACAGAUCAAUGCAGCAACUUCGGUACUGAAGAAAAGCUCUCCAGUGAAGCAACUUCUGAGGCACAUAGAAUCACUGACGUGAAGAUGACUAGCAGUACUGGAAUACCAGUACAGCAAAGCAACAUUGCUACUAUUGAAGAGAAGACCCAGAUUGAUGCAGUGUCUGAUCCAUAUCCACAUACAAUCCAAGAUAUGGAAAUGGGCACCAACAAUGGACCACCCAUAGAUCAAAGCAGCAGUCUUGUUGCUGAAGAAAAGCCCCCUGAACAAUCCUCUUCAAUUGGUGAUGUGUGUGUCACCGCUAAUGCUGGAAUACCAACAGAUCAAACACAGAAUCCAAAUGGGUCAACUGAAAAUGUAGUAAAGAAAUCUCCCAACAGAGAACUAUAUAAAGAGAAAUCAGGCUGUAAUGUAGUCUCAGAUAUUACCCAAAAAGUAACUUCAAAUGGCAUCUUGCACCCUGAGGACAAAACUUUAUUUGUUCACGAAGAUGAAGCAGUGGGUUGUGACACAAGCAAAAGAAGAAGCAAACUAAUUUAG